GAGACGCAGGCAACAGUUAAGGUGUGUGAUGAAAGAUAAGCAUUGAUGAAAAGCUGUGGAGUGCUGGUGCUUCAUUGCUGCAGAUAAUCUGUCCAUCCUCUCUCCACUCUCCCCUAUAUCCUUCUUUCCUGCCUCUGACGCAGAGGGAGCUGCAGGGUUGAAUAGAACCUGUUUGAGGUUCCAAUUAAAUCUUCAUGGAAGCGGGGCAUUCAUAUCCUCCCCAGAUAAAAGGAUAAAUUCACUGGGAACAGCAGUUUCAGACCACAGUGCCACCACUGCUACGUCUAGCAGCCAGCUGCAGAGACCAAGAUGUGUUCUCUGAUUACAGGACAUCCUCAGCCCUAAGAAGUCAUACAGGAGUCAAAGACUGAAGCAGCCCUGCUGGGUUUCCAACAAUGCCUCAAGCGGUGGAGUGCACCCCCUGGAGGUGGCUGAAGGAGGGAAGGGAGUCGCGGAAACUGGUUCUGGUGGUUGUGUUUGUCGCUCUGCUGCUGGACAAUAUGCUGCUCACUGUUGUGGUGCCAAUCAUCCCCACCUUCCUCUAUGCAACAGAAUAUGAAGGUGCUAACAGCUCUGCUUCCCAGAACUGGAUCAUGGCAGCCCCCACAGCCUUUGCAGCUCCUCCCUUCUCCUCCAUGUUCUCUUACUUUGACAACACCACAGUGACUGUCUCAGACGACGUGGCUGUCAACACCACAGUGGGGGUGAACAAGACAGAAAACAGCAGCCUGCCUCAGCUCUCUGAGGCCAGCCUGCCAGCAAAAAACAGCUGUGUAGAUGGUGAGGCAUUCCUCAUGGAGGAGAACGUGCGCGUUGGACUGCUGUUUGCCUCCAAGGCUCUUAUGCAGCUCAUAAUCAAUCCAUUUGUGGGUCCCCUGACUAACAGGAUAGGAUACCACAUUCCCAUGUUCGCUGGAUUCAUCAUCAUGUUUCUCUCUACAGUCAUGUUUGCUUUCUCAGGUACCUACACCCUGCUGCUUGUGGCUCGAGCACUCCAGGGCAUUGGCUCAUCCUUUUCAUCUGUCGCAGGCCUGGGAAUGCUGGCAAGUGUGUACACAGAUGACUACGAGAGAGGAAACGCUAUGGGGAUAGCAUUAGGAGGUCUGGCAUUGGGGGUGCUUGUUGGGGCUCCCUUUGGAAGCGUGAUGUAUGAGUUUGUUGGAAAAUCAGCGCCCUUUCUGAUCCUGGCAUUCUUAGCCCUUUUGGACGGAGCUUUACAGCUGUGCAUCCUGCAGCCCUCUAAGAUUUCCCCCGAAAGCACCAAAGGCACCCCCGUAUUCACUUUGCUGCGAGAUCCCUACAUCCUGGUUGCUGCAGGUGCCCUGUGCUUUGCUAACAUGGGGGUGGCAAUGCUGGAGCCCACAUUACCCAUCUGGAUGAUGCAAACCAUGUGCUCCCCAAAGUGGCAGCUGGGGAUGGCAUUCCUGCCUGCCAGCAUAUCUUACCUUAUUGGCACCAACCUCUUUGGAGUGCUGGCCCACAAAAUGGGGCGGUGGCUGUGCUCCCUGAUUGGAAUGGUUGUGGUGGGGAUUAGUCUCCUUUGUGUGCCUCUUGCGCAAAAUAUUUAUGGACUGAUCGGCCCAAACGGUGGGCUUGGCUUUGCCAUAGGCAUGGUGGAUUCCUCGAUGAUGCCUAUUAUGGGAUACCUGGUGGACCUUCGCCACACCUCUGUCUAUGGCAGCGUCUAUGCCAUUGCUGAUGUUGCCUUCUGCAUGGGCUUUGCUAUCGGUCCAUCCACAGGGGGUGUGAUUGUACGGGCUAUUGGGUUUCCCUGGCUGAUGGUAAUUAUUGGAGUGACCAACAUUGCUUAUGCCCCUCUCUGCUGGUACCUGCGGAGUCCUCCAGCUAAAGAGGAGAAGAUUGCAAUUUUAAACCAGGAAUGCCCCAUGCAAACCAAAUGCUACGCCACCCAGAAACCUCUGCGGGAAUUCCCCCUGACAGAUGGUAGUGAUGAGGAGGCAGAGAGUGAGGAAUAGCAGGAGCAAAGAUGCAGCUCUUGCUCUGAAGCUGUGUCAAGUUUACAAAACCCCGGACGUCUUAUCAAAGAAGACUAACCCAGACUCCUUCCUGACAGCCAACAAGAUCCAGGAAUCCUGGCUUCAUUAAUCUGCCAUUCUCAUGGCACUGGGUGGUCAGGCAGUUUACAGGAAGCAAUUGAGAGCCAGGGCUCCUGGGUUCGUAUCCCUGGCUAUUCUCAUCUGCUGUGUGAACUUGUGCAACUCACUUAAUCUCAUUAUGUCUCAUCAAUGAUAAGGGAUUAUAAGCAGGUGGGGUCAGCCCAUACUGUCCUACAGAAAAGCAGUCGUGUGGUGCAAUCUACCCAUCUGUGAUAUGUGGAUAGUACCAACCUACCUCACAGGGGUAUUGUGAGGCUGUUAAUUAAUGCCUGUGAAGUGCUUAUGCUCCUUGGAUGAAAAGCACUAAAGGGUAAAAUACUAUCUCCAGGGGAUUUUCGUCUCUGGGGAUCCUAUUAUAAUCCCCAGCUUGGAUUUUCUCUGUAACACCAUGGAACCAUCACUCUGCACCACUGUCAAUCUGCCAAUAAAGAUACCACUACAUUAAUGUGCUCCCGGCUUGUAUCAAGGUGGCAAAACAAACAACAACAAAUCCUGCCUUAGCUUAUGUGUCAUGCAUGCUGACUCCUCUAGGUGCCUCUUCUACUCCCUGUUCAUUCAUUUCCUUUGGGAAUUGAUAAAGAAAUUCAGGUAGAAAUGGGGUGGAACCCACAUGUAGAAUCCUUAUUAUUAUUUAUAUUAUCAUAUCGCCUAAACGCAGCAAUUUCUAUAGCAGCUGAGAUCACUGGUCCAUGUAGCUUUGUAUCCCAUCUGUGACAGUGGCAAUCACUAUGUGCUUCAGAAGAAGGGACAGGAGCCCUGCUGCAGGCAAGUUUGGAAUGAGCUGUCCAUAGAGGAAGCUCCUUCCUAACCUCCAUCAGCUAGUGAUCAGCUUAUGCCUUGAAGCAGGAGGGUUUAUAUCCUUUCCAUGAAUUUUUUUUCCCUCCGUAUCUUUGCUGUGAAAUUUCCAUGUCAAAAUCGUAGCCUUAUUCGUAACUCAGGGUCUGUGUGUGCCUUGAGUGCCCAUCUCACUCAGUCCAUAUUCGCCAGUUUUUUUCCCCCCUCUUGCAAAUAGAAAAUGGUAUAAUUAAAUUUCUUAGGCCACCUGGGACUGACUAGCUCAAAACCUACAUACAGCAACCAGAUAUUUUUAUUUUAUGACUUUCUCCCCAGCUCUCCUGAACAUCAGCACCUGCUUCCUUGUGCUGCCAGGAUUUCCAACGAGAAGCGAAGCCUGUUUACUUUCUCCAGGGAGGAGGCAGAGGGAGGGACCUUCCUAUGCUGAGAUCUAUUCACACCUCUACAAUGGGUCUUCCAUUUAAAUAUUAACUUUAACUUCAUGUGCGCAUACCCUGUGGCUGGAUGCUAUGGAAACUCACUUAAGGUGGCUGACAAGGGAUGCAGAGGAGACUGGGAGACAAUGGUGCCUACACAAUGGGUUUCUCAUCAGUUACUCAGCCACUGGGCACCUUAGCUGGCAAUACUCCAUUAGGUUCAGAUGGGGAAUGCACGUCAGACCCCUUACUCAUUUCUGUAUGUGUUUACAAAUCAGGAGCAGAGAGGUUGCGCCCCAAAAACCGCCCCACCUGUGCAUGCUGAGUUUAUAAUGCUUUGACUGCCUGGGGAUGGUGGCUUUCAGGAUUUUUUAUUAGUAUCUUAUGCCAACAAUUUGGAGAGAAUUGUACAUGUAGCCAAGUAACGAUGUGCACAUACGCGAUAUGUUAUCAUUCCUGUCAAGUCAAGUUUAUUAAUAGUGAUUUAGCCAACAUGCCCAAAACACAGCAUAUUACAAUAAACCUUAAAACUAAAGCCACAAUCGUAAAAUAUUCAAAUACAUAUCAAUACACAUUAAAAAGAACAUAAACCAAUUAAACCAUAUAAUCACCAUGCCACUUGCCUCUUCCUUAUUUCGGCGGCUGGCCAUGCAAAUAGGGUGUAGUAACGGGAAACAGAGACGGUGCUGCAGAGAGGCGUCCUAGGAAAGUCCCGGACCUUUUCUUUUAUUCCCUUUCUUACAGACAGGUUACUCAUUACUACAUGAUUGAUAUACUUGUUUAUUUCCUACUAAUUGGUUAAGGCUGGCUUUCCUCAAUGGGCCAUUGUCUUGUGUCUUCCGUGUAACUAAGACUUGCAUAACAGAGUGUACCUACUGUACCGUACUAU